AUAAAAUAUCCAAAACGUCUCAAUAUAUUUGUUUUCAUGAUUUUACACGCUAUUCACUUCACAAGUAGAAGAACUCAAUGAUGUCAUCAACGGCAAAACGAGAUCUGGAGACCAGAUCGCCGGCAACAAUGUCCUACCGGAGCAAUCCAUCACUUCCGUUAGUAAUCACUCUCAACUGCAUUGAAGACACAAGCAUCGAACACGAAUACCUCACCGGCGUCGCACGUGUCGAGCACGUGCCUCUAAGCCUACUCGCUGAGGCCAAAAUUGAGUCCGCUGCUGCCGUUCUCCUCCACUCGCUCGUCUUCCUCCCACGCGCCGCCCAGCGCCGCCUCCGCCCGUGGCAGAUCGUCUUAUGCCUCGGGUCGUCUGAUCGCGCCGUUGAUUCGGCUAUAGCCUCUGACCUAGGGCUUGCUAGGUUUGUACACGUGGACGUGUCGAGAGCUGAGGAGGUUGCUGAUACGGUUAUGGCGUUGUUUCUAGGGUUGUUGAGGCGCACGCACUUGCUCUCGCGUCACGCGCUUUCGGCUUCCGGUUGGCUCGGCUCGGUUCAGCCGCUUUGCCGUGGAAUGAGGCGGUGCCGUGGGCUUGUGUUAGGGAUUAUUGGUCGGUCUGGCUCGGCUAAGGCGUUGGCUACUCGGAGCUUGGCGUUUAAGAUUAGUGUGCUGUAUUAUGAUGUUCAUGAGGAAAAAGGUAAGAGAAUAAGCAGAUUUCCUCCUGCUGCUAGGAGGAUGGACACUCUUAACGAUUUACUUGCUGCAAGUGACCUCAUUUCACUCCAUUGUUCCCUAACCAAUGAUACAAUUCAGAUUAUAAAUGCCGAAUGCUUGCAGCAUAUCAAGCCAGGGGCGUUUCUGGUAAAUACUGGUAGCAGCCAGCUGUUGGAUGAUUGUGCAGUAAAACAGCUUUUGAUUGAUGGCACACUUGCAGGAUGUGCCAUAGAUGGUGCCGAAGGGCCUCAAUGGAUGGAAGCAUGGGUACGUGAGAUGCCGAAUGUUUUAAUACUUCCACGAAGUGCAGAUUACAGCGAAGAAGUUUGGAUGGAGAUUCGGGAAAAAGCCGCCUCUAUAUUACAUACAUUCUUCUUGGAUGAUGUCAUUCCAACCGAUGCCGUUUCCGACAUCGACGAAGAGGAGAGUGAAACACUCUUUGAAGCUGAACAAAGUGACAAGCAAACGAAACACAGUGCAUCACCCUCUUCUAAUAUUCAUCAGUUAACAGAUAGUAUUCAUACAUCACACGAGACCCACAUGAAAAACGAUAUUAACCAACCUCAAGAAUCAACAUUAUCACAAAACGUUUCGCCUAAAUCUGAAGUCAAACGCAGUAGAUCAAGUAAAAAGGCUAAAAAAAGACACGCCCGUCAAAAAUCAAUGAACAAAGUUGGUGAGAAAGAGAGUACAUCACGUAACGAAGAUGAUACUGCGAUGAGUGGUACAGAUCAAGCGAUGAGUUCGAGUUCACAUUUUGCGUCCCCUGAUGAUUCAAGAAGUAAAAGGACUCCGAUAUUUGGAUCGAUACACGAUUCAUCGGCUAAAUAUCUUAAAUCGAGCACUGGUGUUGGUAAAAACUCUCUUGAGCUGUUGAAAGAUGGUUGUGUUAUUUCUUUGCAAGCUCGAGAUCAUGCUGCACUGCAUGUUUCUAGGCAGAGGGCUCAAGGUGGUGGAUGGUUUCUAGACACGAUGUCGAAUGUAACAAAAAGAGAUCCCGCUGCACAGUUUCUUCUUGUUUUUAGAAGCAAGGAAACAAUUGGUUUACGAUCUUUCACUGCUGGUGGGAAGUUGUUGCAGAUAAACAGAAGAAUGGAAUUUGUAUUCGCCAGUCAUAGUUUUGACGUCUGGGAGAGUUGGACAUUUGAAGGCUCUUUGGAUGAAUGCAGACUGGUUAACUGUAGAAAUCCUUCUGCUGUUUUAGAUGUACGUGUGGAGAUUCUAGCAACCGUAGGAGAUGAUGACGGGAUAACUCGGUGGCUUGAUUAAUUCUUUGCCAACUUGAGAAAGCUAAGCAACUGUGUGCACAUGAUUCUAUUCAAAUUCUUUGUGAUGAGGUUUGUACUAAUGCUUGUCAAAGUAAUUCUUUUUGCUUUCAUUUAUACAUACAUAAAACGUUGUCAAAGGUCAUGAGUGUGACCAGUUGUAUUCUCGAGUUUUUUCUUUAUCGCCGUUCCUUCAUAUGGUUUUAUUCAGGCAUUCUUUGCCUUGAGACU